AUGGAUUCAGCUGACCAGACCGACACUGUUCCCGAUAUCAUACAACCCAAGAUAAUCAAGAACUUCGAACCUAUUUGGAAACAUGGAGAAUGUACCAUGGUACUCAAUGAAUCGCUGUCGACGCCUAAGAGGAUUGAUUUAGCAUUCAACGUCCCAGAUCUUCUCAAGCAAAGAAGACUGCUCACAUCAACGGAAAUCGAAAGCAUCGGCUAUACUGAAUUGGAGUCUGAUAAAAUGUAUUGGAUGAAAACUCCUUCCGGUCGGAAAGUUCCAUGCGCGAUGCGAAUCUCUGCGGACUUCCUCCAGAAACAUAAUUUCAUACAACGCCUUGCGCCUUUACGAGCCCAGCUUCUGACUGAGAAGUUCAAAGAGGAGAUAGAAGGUUUGGUGAAGUCGAAGAGAUGCGGAACUCGCUUUCUUAUGGGGCUCACAGCACAACCAUAUUCCGGUUCCAACACUAUCCAAGUCGGUCCAGUCAGCAAGGCAGGGCACAAAAUAGGGGCGCAACAGUUUCUCAAAGAGCUCACGGACAUUGUUUCUGAGAUCACAAGAUUAGUUAUGCCAGAUAUUGUUGGGACCGGCAAAGAGGAUCGUUGGUACCAAAAUGCUUCAUUGACUCUAGGUUCACGGAACAAUCACCUGUACACGAACGUGCAAUUGAAUUAUACAAAAGAGGGGCAGAAGCUUGAAGACGGGCUGCAAAAGCACGGUGGUGUGCAUCGAGAUAUGAUGAACGACCCAACUGGGCUCACAGCUCUGGUAUCUUUAUCUCAUCUGUCGGAAGAUUACUUUGCUGGUAGAUUCAACGUCACGUCUCUCAACCUCACCACUCCCUUGCUUCCAUAUGAAAUCAUCCUUUUUCCGGGGCGAUUUUUCCACUGUUCAACAGCGUAUGGGCCUUACGCUGUUCCAAGAGGUUCGCCACUCAGAGCACCACCACCUAACCUUGAAAUUAUUCCUUGUUUGCCAAAAGGCGAAGAGCUUUUUGAGAGCAAAUCACAUCACUUUGAAUGGAUGAUGCGUUUCUAUAUUGUCAACGAGCCUGAAAUAAUACUAUGUUUGGGAGGCGAGGUAUCAUCCAAGGUUGGAAGUGGGCCACAGCAGCUAAUAGAAGCCUGCCGUACCGCCUCGAUCGAAACAGCAUUUUCAACCCAACAGACGAGCGGAAGACCUAGAGUUGGAGGCGUUGAGCAUUACACCUCGCUAUUUACAUAUACGGAUACCGCAACAAAUAAAAUCGUAAUUCCGAACGGAGAAGAAGCGAACAACACGCUAAAUGCUCUUUCUAGGAGCAAUACCGAGUUUGAAAAGUUCUCCAAAGACAUGCGAGGCCUGAUCACCAAAGUAGGAUCCAACAGUUCAGCGAUACCAAUGUGGUCGAAAUGUCCAGCAACCCAAGGAGCGGCGAAAGCAGGAGGACCUUCUAGGAGACGUCGAAGAACUAAACAAAAUAGACUACGUAAUGUUGACCCGUGCAAUGAUGAUCCUGAGUCGUCAAAGAAGGAAUCUGAGAUUGAAUUGUUGCAACACAAUCCUGCAGACUUGACGAAUAGAUUGGCAACAGUUACUUCAGAGACAGCAAACAAUGAACUCGCAGCGGCUAUGGCAGCAAUAGGUUCAAUCUUGAAGAAUUUAAUGGUUCAUGGUAUGAAUCAAAGAUCUGGUGUCGAGACACUCCAUAAUAAUGUAACAAAGGUGAAUGGGGAACGAACUGGAAAGACUGUGGGGAACUCCAUGCUUUCGAAUGGGAAAGCAUCUAAUCGAAAGGCCACGAAUCUGAAAAGACAAGGAACAAGUGAUGCGGAAACCAGCACGAGAAACAAGAAAGUCAAAACAGGCGGCAACACAAGAUGCCGUGACGCAAAUGGGCGGUGGGCAUCUAAGAACUCGUCGGCGAAGCAUUCAGAGGUGAUCGAGACCGACGAUGAUGCAGAUAUGGAAUAUGAGAUCGAAGAAAUAGUGGCGAAAAGACCCACUAAGUCUAAAGGGCCACUGUAUCGAGUCAGAUGGUGUGGUUGGGGCCAAGAGUGGGAUGAAUGGAAGACGGCGAAAGAACUUGAGCACGCGGAAGAUCUAGUUGACGAAUAUGAGAGGCGAUGCGCCAGAUGGGAAGCAGAGGCUCAGAAUAGGCUUUUUGAUGGACUUGACUGCAUGAGUUCUGAUGACGAGGAUAUGGAAUCUCUUGAUGAUCAACUACAUCAAUUGCAAGUCCCUAUAAACGAGAAUGGAGCAGCGGGUGGUAACAUUGUAAGGGCAACAAAGACGAGUGUAUAGAAAAUCGCGCAUAAGAUAGGGUGCUGUAUGCCGAG